UGGCAUCGUAUUCAGCAUUGUGCAGUAACGCCAUCUGAUUAGAAGUAAUUCUUCGUCAAUCCCUUUUGGUCAGCCGUUUAGUAAGGGGUUAGGUGGGGUUACCUAGCACGCGACAUUUAUACCAAAAUUCGUCAAGAUGUAUGACGAUUACAAUGAUCAGUACGACAGUUACAUCGAUUACGGUCCAUUGGGUGGUGCAGACACUCACGUCGACGAGUAUGACAGGGACGCGUACCGUCAGGUACCCGAAGUUGUACGAAAAUUCCUGAUCUACUUCAGAAACUGCAUAAACGAGGGAAUGAUAUUCGAAGUUCAAAACUUGUACGAAAAUUCAUUCCCAAAACUCACCGAGCAGUUCUUUGACAAACAAGCUUGGCCUGAUGAAGGCGAUGUUGCUCACAUUGUCGACAGUGAUCCAGUGUUUCUAGUUUUAUACAAAGAACUUUACUAUCGGCAUAUCUACGCUAGGAUUCCGGGUGGCCCGAGUCUAGAACAGCGGUUUGGAUCAUUUUUCAAUUACUGCGAUCUCUUCAACUACAUUUUGAGUGCAGAGACACCUGUACCCCUUGAACUCCCUGACCAAUGGCUUUGGGAACUGAUUGACGAGUUUGUUUACCAAUUUCAAUCUUUUGCACAGUACCGUGCCAGGCUCUUGAAAAAGACCCCAGAUGAAAUUGAAAACUUGAAUGCACAUAACAACAUUUGGAGCGUUUUAUGCAUCCUCAAUGUCCUACAUUCUCUUGUUGAUAAAUCAAAGAUCAAGAGUCAGCUCGAGGUCUACGCCAGUGGUGGUGACCCAGAUUCUGUUGCUGGAAGCUUUGGAAGACACUCGCUGUACAAAAUGCUGGGCUAUUUCUCUCUUGUGGGUCUCUUACGUCUUCAUUCCCUGCUUGGGGACUAUUACCAAGCCAUUAAAGUCCUGGAAAAUGUUGAGCUCUACAAAAAAAGUGCUUAUUCGCACGUUCCUGCUUGUCAAAUAUCUACUGCUUACUACGUUGGAUUUGCAUACAUGAUGAUGAGACGAUAUGCUGAUGCAAUAAGGACUUUCUCAAGUAUUUUACUCUACAUUCAACGCACUAAACAACUCUUUGCAUCAAGAAGCUAUCAAAAUGACCAGAUAAAUAAACAGACAGAACAGAUGUACCACUUACUCGCAAUCUGCUUGGUUCUGCAUCCUCAGUGCAUAGAUGACGGACUCCAGCAAGCUCUGCGAGAAAAGAACUAUCACGAAAAGAUGUUCAAGAUGCAGUACGGAGAUUUGGCAGAGUUUGAAGCCUGCUUUCUGUAUGCUUGUCCUAAAUUUUUGUCUCCUUGUCCCCCACCUCCAGAUGCUCCCAACGAGGACUAUGUCAAGGAAGCUAUUAAGCAUCAGACCCAAGUAUUCAUGGAUGAAGUGACACAGCAAAAAAUGCUUCCAACUAUCCGAUCGUACUUGAAAUUAUAUACUACGCUGCCUCUUAGCAAAUUGGCUACUUUCAUGUGCAGCAACACCCGUCCAGAUGGAUCAUGGGAUCUUGAUAAGGAAGUCGCUUCGCUUGGAAUCCAUCUACUUUGCUUCAAACACAAAAUGAAGAAUAUUGUAUGGACCAAAGGCCCCUCUGGAUUGGAUGGAAAGUUUCAAUCUGGAUCUGAGCUGGACUUUUACAUCGACCAUGAUAUGAUCCACAUCGCAGAUACUAAAGUGGCACAUCGUUACGGAGACUUUUUCAUCCGCAAAAUUCUGAAGUUUGAGGAGCUGAAUCGCAAGUUGCAUCAUAUAAAAAUUUAAUGAGAUGUAAUGCCAAUUGAAAUUACUUCAUGUAAAGCUUUUUACAACGGAGAAUAAAGUAAACAUUCAUGAGAA